CACAAAAAAACCCGCCGGGGGCGCCGGGAGAGGUCUCUGCUGACGCUCCGGAGUUGCCUUGGGGCAGGCGGGCAGGCAGGCAGGCAGGCAGAGCAUGGGUCCCCGACGGUGCGGCUGGUGGGGGCCGGCGGCCUUGGCUUUCCUUUGGGGGGCGGCAGCUGCAAAAGCUCAAGAGGACCCCGUUCAUCUCUUUUCCGAGGUGCUCUUUUGCCAGGAAGACUACCCCUUUUCUGGCCUGUCCCAAACCCUGGAUGAUGAGCAGCUGUUCUGGUUUGAUUUCCUGGGGGACGCCUGGCACCCCCACCUGCCCGAUUUCCAGCCGGAGGUGCAGAACCGGACCUCCAAGGAACAAAUUGAGCAGCAAAAUUCCAUCUGCCAACAAGUGCUGGACAUCCUCACCAACUUCUCGGACACAUAUGUGAUGAUGCCCGAGGCAAAAGGUAUCCCUCAGGUGGAGAUCUUCACCCUCCGGCCCCUCCAGCUGGGCACGCCCAACACCCUCAUCUGCUCUGUGACCAACAUCUUCCCGCCCUCGGCUAACCUCACCUGGGCACACCACGACCAGGCAGUGACCCAGGGGGUCUCCACCCCUCAGAUCUACCCCGUGCAAGUGCUGGACUUCAAACUCUUCUCCUACUUAGAGGUCACCCCCCAGGAGGGAGACAUCUACAGUUGCACUGUCAGGAGUCCCCGGGACAAGUUCAGCACCGUGGCUUUCUGGGUCCCCAAAGAUCCCAUCGCCUCGGAGCUCCUGGAGAACAUCCUGUGUGGUGUCGCUUUCGGACUGGGGAUCCUCUUCAUCAUCACAGGGGUAGUCCUCACUCUCAUGGCCCGUGCAGCCAGCAAAACAGAAUGAAUCCUUGAGAGUGGCCCUGAUGGAGAAAGAGGCCCUGAUGAGAAAGUGGCAUCGACUGCUAGGGUCCUCGACCCCCACACAUCCUCCCAACUGGAACUGCCCCUAGCUACCAAACCACCCCCCAUCGUAUGUGGGGCAGAGGGAGGCUCUUUUGCUCACAAUGAGCUGUGGAAGUCUUUCCCGCCAACCCACCCCUCCACCAACCAGGUUCCACUCGUGGACUCCACCGCACCUCCUGGAGUGGCAUUUGGCCUUGCUGCAGGGAGGUGGGGUGGGCUGCAGGCCGCCUGCUCUUCCACUCCAUGGCUGUGCCUUUUCCCCACCCUCCCCCCAGAUGCUCUGUGAAGGUACAGCCAGAGAGUGCCAACUAGCAGUGGGGUAAAGAAGGGGAUUUCCUCAUGGGAAGGGCAGGAGCAGAGAAUGAUGCCUGCAGGACUAAAAUAAUGUGGUUGCCAAUCCCACUACUGACACCAACAUCGUCAUCCUUCUAUGUCCUCCUCUUGUCCCAGGUAUAGAUCUUCUUCUGCCUUUUUCAUGGAAACACAGCCCUACCAGGAAGGGAGCAUAGUUUGGUUUGUUAGGCACUGGAGGGGGGGGUUCAACAAAGGCUGGGACUUUAAAGUGUAAUACACACACACAGAGCCCUGAGUUUCUUGGACAUGUUAGAUUAGAAGUAUGAUGUAGCUCCAAUAAAUUGAAUAUUUGUUUUGCUGGAGGUGGGGUGGGGGGUUGGAAGAGGCCCCCAUCCAACCCUGGCCUCCAUCCCGCUCCUAUUUGGGGCCUUACCCCAUAUGCCAUAGUGUCAACAAGUGUCUGAUUUGGGGGCAGGAAGCGCUUUCAACCUCUGCCCCCCCCCCAUCCCUUGAACAGCAGCCUGAAUGAUGUUGCGUGUUUGGAUCAAGGAGGUUGGCUUGGAGGGGGAAGGGGUGAUCCUAUGAUGGAUUUCCUCCCUAUGCCAAAAAUUCUCUCUCCUCAUGGAAAAAGAAAGAGGGGCUCCCUCUGCCCCACCCCUUCUGUUCUUUACGCAGGCAGGCAUUCAGUCGUGGGGAUCCCCACAAGCUUUGUGAAAUGGCACAGUCCUGUGGCAGGAGUGGUCUGUACCAUACAAUUUUUUGGAAUGUGCAGCCAGGCAGGGCUGAGUCCUGGAAGUUGUGAAGCAAUUAUACAAUGACUGCCUCUGAGCAUGUUCGGAGUGCUUCCCCUUGGAGUGAGAAAGUACUGCUUGCCAUCCCUCAGCUUAGGCUGGGGGGAGGGAUGGUGGUGGCAGCAGGAGGAGGAGAGUUCCUGGCUAGCGGGUGUAGUUCUGGGCAGAAUUAAUCCCCAGGAUCCCUCUCCAUUUUCUGCUUUCUUUAAUUUUUCAAAACAACCUGUGCUGAUGCCCCUUGGAGAAUAAUUUAUUUCCAUGUUGUCCUGCCCUGCCGAAAAGCCCAUUAAUUUUCAUCCAGGAUGUCCUUCCAUCCACCCUCCGCUCGGCUGCAAAUAUUUUGCCAUCUCUCAAUGGUUAGCAAGGGGCUCUGCCGACUAAAUGCUUUGCCCGUUCUCCGGAGCGGUGGCUCCAGCUCUGGCGAUGGCCAGCUGGAGGGUGCGAUAGGAGGGGGUCCCUCCACAGCAGUGGGGCUGUGGCCCUUUAGGGCAAAUGGGACUCUCCCUCACUAACCUCGGCCUGCUCUCAGCCAGCUGCCCCCGCCUCCUCGGUCCCUGGAAUUGGCUCCCGCUGCUCUUGGGCCUCCUGCCUUCUGCCCCACCAGUCCUAAUGGGCAUUACCCCAGGAUGGCGAGGGGUCUGGAAGAUGCUGAAUGGUCGACAAUGUUUAGUCUGGAGAAGAGACAUCACAGCUGUCCUGAGUAUCUGAAGGGCUUUCAGCCACGCAGAAGAUGGGCCAGACUCGUUCUCUGUUGCUCAGAGAGGGCAGGACUAGGAACCAAAUGACAGAGUGGAAAAUGCGGGGAAGGAGAUUUUGGUUGACAAUGAGUUACAUUGAGCAGAGGGUG